AGAGAGAGGAAAAGGCCAUGCGUGGGCGUUCUUGCCCUUUGACUUUGCCACCCGAGCAAAACCAGCGCCACCUAACCAGACCCGCCAUUGGGCUCUUCACUUCAGAGUUCAGACUUCCGCUGGCAAAUUUUCCUCCCUCUUCAAUUUUUCAUUUCCCCUUUUGAUCCAAACCUUUUCGUUUUACUCCCACCUUCCUCCUCUGAUUCAGAGCAAUCAUUUCCUUUUAUCAUGAUGGGUGUCAAAAGCAAGGGAAUCGCAUUCAUGAUCAUAUUUUUUCUGGGCUUGUCUCCUGUUUUUCCACCGUGUUCCUCCGCGGCCAAUCAACCCCGUAACUCUAAUAAGCCGACGCACCCGACUUCUGCUAAUCGCCUUAGCUCCUCAGCUGUUUUCCCGCUUCAAGGGAAUGUAUAUCCUCUUGGGCACUACACCGUCACCCUCAACAUUGGUUCUUCUUCCAAGAUCUUCGACCUUGAUAUUGACUCCGGUAGUGACCUCACUUGGGUACAAUGUGAUGCACCGUGUAAAGGUUGCACCAAGCCCCGUGAUAAACUUUAUAAACCCAAUAACAACGUGGUACAGUGUUCGGACCAGUUGUGCUCUCGAAUUCACUUAUCGACAAUAUCCCAAUGUUCUGCUCCAGAUGAGCAAUGCGACUACGAGGUCGAGUAUGCAGACAAUGGAGCAUCUCUUGGCGUGCUUGUCCGAGACUUCAUUCCCCUUCAAUUAACCAAUGGCUCUGUCAUACGUCCGCAAAUCGCCUUUGGGUGUGGGUAUGAUCAGAAAUUCUCUGGCCCAACCUCUCCACCUUCUACGGCGGGAGUUCUUGGUCUUGGAAGUGGCAAAGCAAGCAUUUUGUCACAGCUUCAUUCUAUGGGUCUCACCCGCAAUGUAGUAGGACACUGCUUAAGUGGGCAAGGAGGAGGCUAUCUAUUCUUUGGAGAUGAUCUCAUUCCUUCAUCUGGAGUUGUUUGGACCCCUAUGCUGUCUAGUUCCUCCGAAAUGCGCUAUAGCUCAGGACCAGCUGAACUACUUUUCAAUGGAAAGCCUUCUAAUGUUAAGGGUCUUGAAGUUAUAUUUGACAGCGGGAGCUCCUACACAUACUUCAAUUCCAAGGCUUAUCAAGCUGUUGUCGAUCUGGUGAUUAAUGACUUGAAGGGAUCACAAUUGACAAGAGCAACCAAAGAAGAAGACCCGUCCCUUCCAAUUUGCUGGAAGGGUGCAAAACCUUUCAAAUCAUUACGUGAUGUUAAGAGCUAUUUUAAGCCUUUGGCAAUGAGCUUCACAAAAAGGAAAAAGGUGCUGCUGCCAUUACCACCAGAAGCUUAUUUAAUUGUUACGAAACACGGAAACGUCUGCUUCGGGAUCCUAAAUGGCGAGGAAGUAGGACUGGAAGAUCUUAACAUAAUUGGAGACAUCUCAUUACAAGAUAAAAUGGUGAUCUACGACAACGAGAAACAGCAGAUCGGAUGGGUUUCUUCCAAUUGUGACAGGCUUCCCAAUGUGGAUCGUGACUUUGAUGACGUUUUUUCACUACCUUACGCAGCCAAUUUCGAUAUUUUAGCUGAUCGUUGACCUGCACAUGAUAGAUAUCACAGAUUGCUGAUGCGUUCAUCACUGGAUUGCAUAUGUAACUCCAUGUCCACGGCACAACAUAUUACAUAGAUAUAGGUUCAUUUUUUGCCAACCUUCCUAGAAUACUUUGCUUCAUUAGCAACUAUAUAUGAUUUGUAACUCUACGCACGCAUAAUAGUAAUGCCUGGUGGAGAACAAUUGAUGUAGAGCCCCAAAAUGCCAUCAGCAGAGUCGAGCAUUAAGCUAGAGGAUCCACCUUCGCUGUAGCUUUUCCAUAUCCCAGCCAGAAGGUGAUUGAUUGUUACUUAUCAGUCUGAGUUACAAAGUAUACUGUACCUGCAUGUAGUACAUGAUACUUGAGUUUAAGCAUCGUCAAAUUAGGAAAAUAAUCAUUGGAGUACAUUUGUGUAUAAUAUACUCACAGUAGCCACAGCAACUUUCUACAAGUCUUGAUUUGCAUACUGCAAGUUGUUAAAUGAUCUUUAUCAGUCACGGUA